AUGCUGUGGAUUUCGCUCAACAAAUUUAUUCCAGCGGAGUUGUCUGAAGGUAUAGAACGAACAUUUGCAGGAGAUGACAAAGCUCAUUUCGUUGAAUUUUAUUCAAGUUGGUGUGGUGCUUGUAUAGCCUACGCUCCAACAUUCAAACAGUUCGCCAAACAUGUAGCCUCGUGGAAGCCGUUCGUUCAAGUGACUGUGGUAAACUGCGCUGAUGACAAGAAUAUGCCCCUCUGUCGUGAACAUUCUGUGAAUGCUUUCCCAACUAUGAAGUUUUUCAAACGAGGUGCAACAAGCAAGAAUGACGCCAUGUUGUACCAAGGCAAUAAGUAUGAACUUCCACAAAUGGAACUUGAUCUCGCUGCUUACAUUGAGGCUGACCAUGAGCGAGAGAAGAAUCAGAACUCAGAGAUAUUCCUACCUAUCGACAGAUUGUUUUUCAAACGAGGUGCAACAAGCAAGAAUGACGCCAUGUUGUACCAAGGCAAUAAGUAUGAACUUCCACAAAUGGAACUUGAUCUCGCUGCUUACAUUGAGGCUGACCAUGAGCGAGAGAAGAAUCAGAACUCAGAGAUAUUCCUACCUAUCGACAGUUCGAAAUCAUUGGAGGACGUCUGGGCAACUGCUGGGUCAGUGAAUUUCCUCGCUGUUGCUGUCCAGGAGAAUCCAGCGCUGAAGGCUUGGGCGUUAAUCAUCAACUUCCACAACGAUCGAAAUGUGAAGGCGGUCUUGGCUCGACCGCAACACCCGGAAGUUAUCAAACAUCUCGGUACUGAAGCAAAUGGCAAGGUCCUUCUAUUCAAACGCGGUGUAUCUGCCCCGCUCUGGAUCAGUCCAGAAGAAAUGACAUGGUUGGACGCUCAUUUGAAGAUUAGCGAGUUCGUUGGAAUCACUUCAGCUGCUGAAAAGCCUGUUGUCGUAGAGCCUCAAGCACCAGCACCAGUCGCUAAUGUGGAUAUGACGCAAUAUCAAGUGCAGCUUGUUGACCUGAAGAGCACGCUCAGUUAUAUGUUAUUCAAGGAAAUCCCCCGACGUGCAAUUAUCGACGGUGUAGCUCUUGCAGCUUUGAAGAACUGGAUGCGAACACUGUCCAAGGUUGGAAAGAUGAUCUACUUUUGUUUCUUCCAUGAAGUAUUGCUACGUUUUAAGUAUGCACCUGGUACCACUCCAAUGCGGCGACUUCUCUAUCGAAUGAAUGAGUGGAUCUGGACUGUGGACGAUAGUCUUCUAGUUGACGAUUGGACUAAAAAGCUCGAGGAAAUUCAAUAUGCACCUGGUACCACUCCAAUGCGGCGACUUCUCUAUCGAAUGAAUGAGUGGAUCUGGACUGUGGACGAUAGUCUUCUAGUUGACGAUUGGACUAAAAAGCUCGAGGAAAUUCAACUCGACCUUGGCAAUCCUCUCCCGGAGAAAGUGGAAUGGAUUGCCUGCAUUGGUUCAAAACCCAAUUUGAGGGGCUAUACAUGUGGACUGUGGACGACUGCCCAUGCGAUCACUGUCGAGGCGUACAAAACAGAGGCAAAUAAUCCUUUAUUCAAUCCAGUGAACGAUGUAAUGGAGCCUUUCCAUCAAUUUAUUUUCCAUUUCUUGAGCUGUGCUGAAUGUGCAAAGAAUUUCGACAAAGAAACAAAGAAGCACCACAUGCUGCAAGUGUCUACGAGAGAAGAAAUGGUAAUGUGGUUCUGGCGAGUUCAUAACUUCGUCAACACGCGCCUUUCCGGUUCCCGAAGUGACGAUCCCCGUUUCCCUAAGCGACAGUUCCCUCCAUCAGUUGUAUGUUCCCAAUGUUAUGAUUCCUCCGGUUCGUUUGAUGAAAAGGAGAUUUUCAAAUUCAUGUUGAGCUACUACAGCGACAUUCGGCAAGACUCUGUACAGGCUCCACCUGAAUACAAAAUGAACGAGUAUAUGGAUGGAAAGCUUCAGGGUGUGGGAGCUCGUCACCUCAAUCCGAAAUUCGCUGUUAACGCCAAAAAGGUUGAUAAAUUGGAAGAAACGGAAGAACGAUUACGAAAGGUGCUGGAUGCUAGUCCACAGAGGGAAUGGAAAGACAUCGAAGGUUAUGACAACCUGGCUUCGAACGGCCGUUCACAGUUCUUCUUUGUAUGGUUGACAGUGAUUGGUAUUGUAAUUGUUCUUGCCUAUUGUAAAUAUCGACGGAAUCGAUCCAAGUUUUGGAAGACUUUCUACUACCACAGCGACUACAAAAUGUUCCCGUGGUCAUCUGGUGCAACGACUGAGAAAAAAUACACUGCAUAA